GAUUCAAGACCAGAUUGUUAAUGACCUCAACAAAGCUGGCGGAUGGUUUACUGUCUCUGCUGAUGAAGUUUAAGAUGUGUCAAACAAAGAACAACUGGCAAUCUGUGUUCGCUCUUCGAAUUAUGAUGAUGAUGUACAAGAACGAUUCCUCUCCUUGCAAGAAGUUAGUGGGGACACAAGAGGGGAGGCUUUUUCAGAUACAAUUUUGAACAUCAUCACCAGUUUGCGGCUUGACCCGACCAAGAUGAGGAGCCAAUGUUAUGACGGAGCAGGCAACAUGAUGGGCAAAGUUAAAGGUGUUGGCUCUAGAAUUCUCCAGCAGUAUUCAAAAGCCCUUCCAUUCUGGUGUGCUUCACAUCUUCUGAAUCGCUGCAUUGUUGCUGCCUGUGAUGUAAAGGAAGUCCGUAACAUGAUGGGUAUUGCAGAUAAGUGUUGCUGGUUCUUCAACAACUCAGCGAAGAGACAGACUUGUGGCAGCUCUUGAGCAGAUGCCAGACCAGCCUCAAAGAAGAAAACUAAAGGAAUUGUGUAGGACCCGCUGGGUACAACGCCAUGAUGCCUUCGAGGUCUUCCUAGACUUCCUCCCAGCAACGAUUGAUGCCAUUGAAAAUAUUCUGGAGAAUGAAAGUCGCCCGGACUCACUGACUGAUGCAAAUGGAAUUCUGAGCGCCAUCACAUCAUUCCCAUUUAUUAUUGCCCUGGUGAUUGCUCUGCGUUGCUUGGCGUACAUCAAGUCUCUCAGCAUUGUUCUUCAGGGCAGAGAACUUGAUUCGGAAGAGGCUUUGAAGAAUGUCCGCCAUGUGAAGGACACCCUGCAAAACAAGCGUGACUCUGUUGACAACUUCCAUGGCUGUCUGUAUGAGGAGGCUGUGGCUGUAGCCAAAGCUGUCGGAGUGGACCCUUCAAUCCCAAGGCGAUGUGGCAGACAGACACAACGAAACAACAUCCCAGCAGACACUCCAGAAACAUACUACAAGAGGGUUUGAACCAUUCCAUUCCUGGACCACCUGCUGCAGCAGUUUAGUGAGCGUUUUACAACGCUUCAUGAGAGGGCUUCUUCUGCACUCCUCCUUAUUCCAUCAGUUAAACAGGACCUGGACAACACCAGUCUGGAGUACUACUUAGAUGACCUCCCUUCACCAGGAACACUUCAGGCAGACAUGCUGGAGGUGUAAGUGGGUAAAUGAUCCCAACCCCCCUUCAACAUUAAGUGCUGCAUUAAAAGCAUGCAAUAGACAGAUUUUCCCAAACAUUUAUACAAUAUUAAACAUUGCAGCAACAUUUCCAGUGACAAGCUAUGAAUGCGAAAGGAGCAUUUCAACGUUAGGGAAUGUAAAAACAAGCUGUCGUUCAACAAUGGGGGAAGAAAGACUCACUGGUCUGUGUCUGAUGUCAGUGCACAGGGACAUUGAUGUGAAUGUUAGUGACAUUGUAAAGCAAUUUGCAAGACAGAAUCCAAGAAAAAUGAAACUGCCUUGUAUUUUGGAGUCUGAUUUAAGCAAUGAAGACAAUUACUUGUGUUAAGUUAAAGAGAGUGAAAGCUUGUACA